AUACGAAAAGUCUUCUCUCGCUGCCUAUUCCUUCUUCGUCUAAACCAAAACCCCCAACCCAACUCACUCUCUUGUAGCUGUAGCUGCGCUUGUUUUGGCCGUCAAUGGCGGCCCCGGAGACCAGCCCAACCCCUUCCAGUCUGCGCAACGCCUUUGGCCACGUCUUCUCGAUUUUCAUUCUUAUUUUAAUCGGAGUUCUAGCCUUCUCGAUCCGUCUCUUCUCCGUGAUUAAGUACGAGAGUGUGAUCCAUGAAUUCGAUCCUUAUUUUAACUACAGGGUCACUCAGUUUCUGACAAAGAAUGGAAUAUAUGACUUCUGGAAUUGGUUUGAUGAUCGAACCUGGUAUCCUCUUGGGCGAGUGAUUGGUGGAACUGUUUAUCCUGGACUGACAUUGACAGCAGGCACCUUGUGGUGGUUGUUGAAUUCUUUAAAUAUUCCUCUGUCUGUGGAAACUGUUUGUGUAUUUACUGCACCGAUAUUCUCUGCUUUUGCUUCUUGGGCUACAUACCUUUUGACAAAGGAAGUUAAGGGUGCUGGUGCUGGAUUGACUGCUGCAGCUCUUUUGGCCAUGGUUCCGUCCUAUAUAUCUCGAUCAGUCGCUGGAAGCUAUGACAAUGAAGCUGUUGCCAUAUUUGCUCUAAUCUUCACUUUCUACCUCUAUAUAAAGACAUUAAACACUGGAUCCCUCUUCUAUGCAACUCUAAAUUCCAUAGCAUACUUUUAUAUGGUUUGCUCUUGGGGAGGGUACACCUUCAUUAUCAACCUCAUUCCAAUGCAUGUGCUGCUAUGCAUAGUAACUGGUCGCUACUCUUCUCGAUUGUACAUUGCGUAUGCUCCACUUGUUGUCUUGGGAACAUUGUUGGCUGCUUUGGUCCCUGUUGUGGGCUUUAAUGCGGUCAUGACGUCUGAGCAUUUUGCUUCAUUUUUGGUGUUUAUUAUUAUUCAUGUUGUAGCUCUUGUUUACUAUAUUAAGGGGAUUCUGUCACCAAGAAUGUUCAAAGUGGCUGUUAUGCUUGUGUUGUCAGUUGGCCUGGUAAUUUGCUGCACUGUGGUGGCCGUACUUAUAGCAUUAGUAGCUUCCAGCCCAACAAAGGGUUGGAGUGGGCGUAGUUUGAGUCUGCUUGAUCCAACAUAUGCUAGCAAAUAUAUACCAAUAAUUGCCAGUGUUAGUGAGCAUCAACCACCUACUUGGCCAUCGUAUUUUAUGGAUCUUAAUAUUUUGGCCUUCUUGGUCCCAGCUGGCAUUGUUGCAUGCUUUUUGCCACUUUCUGAUGCAAGCUCCUUUGUCAUCCUUUACAUAGUUACAUCAGUAUAUUUUUCAGGUGUCAUGGUGCGACUAAUGCUUGUACUCGCUCCAGCGGCAUGCAUUAUGUCUGGAAUUGCUCUUUCAGGAGCUUUUGAUGUUCUUACUCGUUCGCUCAAAUUUCAGUUGCCUGGUACAUCAGAAAUUUUUGCAUCUGAUGCGGUGGAUACCGGUUCCGAAAGUGUUAUCUUAAAUAAAGAUGGAGCAAAAGAAGAUAAAAGUGAAAACUCUGUAAAGGAACGACCUUCAAAGAAAAAUAAGAAAAAGGAAAAGGAAAAGGAAAAGGAGAAAGAAAAGGAGAAGGAGAAGGAGAAGGAAAAUGCUGGGACAUCAUCUAGUAGGUCACAUGCUGAGAGAAGGCCUUUGGUUUUACCUGUUGAAGCAUCUGUCAUUGCUAUUUUCUUACUGGUUUUGUUGGUUGCGUUCUAUGUGGUUCAUUGUGUCUGGGCAGCAGCAGAAGCAUAUUCAGCACCCUCCAUAGUGCUAACAUCUCAAUCUCCUGAUGGCCUUCAUGUUUUUGAUGACUUCAGAGAGGCCUAUGCAUGGUUGAGCCAUAACACAGAUGUAGAUGAUAAAGUUGCAUCUUGGUGGGACUAUGGUUACCAAACAACUGCCAUGGCAAAUCGCACUGUUAUUGUUGACAAUAACACUUGGAAUAACACUCACAUUGCUACUGUUGGUACUGCCAUGUCUUCACCUGAAAAGGCAGCUUGGGAGAUUUUUAACUCUUUGGAUGUAAAAUAUGUCCUAGUUGUCUUUGGAGGUCUUGUUGGCUACCCCAGUGAUGACAUUAAUAAGUUCCUAUGGAUGGUUCGGAUAGGAGGUGGCGUCUUUCCUCACAUCAAGGAACCUGAUUAUCUGAGAGAUGGUCAGUAUCGGAUUGAUUCACAAGCCACUCCAACCAUGCUAAAUUGCCUCAUGUACAAGCUAUCUUAUUACAGAUUUGUGGAGACAGAUGGGAAAGGCUUUGAUAGAGUAAGGCGAACUGAAAUUGGAAAGAAAUAUUUCAAACUUACCCAUUUCGAAGAGGUAUUCACUACUCACCAUUGGAUGGUGCGAAUAUACAAACUAAAGUCUCCAAGAAACAGGAUUCGAGGGAAGACAAAGAAAUCCAAAUCGAAAUCUAGCUCGACAAUCAGCUCAAAGAGUAGCAGAACGAGAAAGAAGAAUCCUUGGAAUUAGGAAACAUUUUCUUGUAGGCGGUGAUCUCAGGAAUUCCGUUGUAACACAAGUACAGCAUUUUUACGUAUUCUAUCGAGAGAGAUUUUCUGGCAUGAGUUGGCCUAGUUGCGACAGUAAUUAGAAAAUCAAAGAUUUUGCAGUCCCAAGGUGUUUCUUUAAAUUGUCAGAGGCGAUCUGGACAGAAAAAGAAGAGAGUUUCGGAUCUGCUCUUGCAUCUAGUUGUUUGCAAUUGCACAAGAAAUCUCAGAUAUACAACGUUAUGGCUAAUCAAUGUAUUACACAUUCGCUAAAAGAUUUGCGCUUGUUAUUUUUCGGCACUCAGAUUUUUGGUGAUCAGCAGUGAAUUACCCAAGAAUGUAGAGUCUUGGUUUAGAACCUGUACCCACAAAUCAUCAGGUCGGACGCCGUAUUUUUGGGAUAUCCAAGUUGUUGCCCUGGGAUUCUUGAAUUUCUUUUUUGAAUCUA